AUGGCUUUCCUUAUACUAUGGCUGCUUCUAUGCACCUCCGUCUCGUUUGCGCAUCAGGAAGAGUUGCUGCAGCUUGGUUCAAGAUCGUUGAAUCUCCAUCCUUUCCACUACAAUAUGAUGGUGAACACUUCAGCCGAGGACCCUGAACUUGAUCGCUAUCUUUGGAAAGGAAUCAAGAACGACGAUGCAGUGCCAACAAAAACAGGUGGAAAGGUUAUAACAUAUAGCUUGCAAUCGAAACUGGGGAAGCGAGCGCGUCAAACAUACGGCCCACUCAUCAAGACCCCAUGUCUUUUCUGCGGAAAGAAGGCCAGAUCAGUCUCCAAUGUCAACCUUGGUCAAUUCACCCCUGAAUCGAUGAUCCAAAGAAUGAAAUGGGGAGCUACAUUUGGGCAAUGCUUAUUCUAUGGACAACGCUCAAAGGCUUUGAAAGACAACCCAGAUUACAGAGGCGCCUCUUUGUCGCGCUGGACUACUGACUGGGGUUGUCUUCAGCCCGCUAUCAGGCAGGAAUUCUAUCGCACUAUCUGGCAAUUGUGGCCUAAUGAGAAAGGUGACGUGCGUGAUAGCUGCGAGACUGGGCAGAAUUACUACUGCUUGGACUACUCGAACCCCAGGUGCUGCUGGCUCAACGGCCUCCUCGGUGAAAAGUCGCAAUGGAAGGAUAACGGUAUGAAGUACUUCAAGGCUAUGUCGCGAGCCAUGGCUAUGACAUGCACUGGCGAAGUGUUCGUCAUGCUGGACAACAAAAAGAUGCUCAAGAAACAGUACACUCACGCUCUUGACACUCCCUCUAUUUGGCUCUACGAUGAACUUCCUGAACUUCAGAAGCGCUACAAUCAGGGUGUAGUUACAAAGCUUACAGUGAUACGCGUUGGAGAUAUGAGGCGAUUCGACCGAACAGGUUAUGCAUUCAGGAAUGAGCCAGAACCCAGCGAUGCUAGUGAAGGUGAUGCUGGCGCGCCACCUUCGGACGAGAACACACGCUUUGUUCGAUCAGUAUCAGAAGACGACAAAGAUGAGAAGGAAGUCGCUGCAAUGGCAAUAAGGAUUGCCGAGGCCCUGAAGAAGAAGCAAGCAGAGCUGAUACUCACAGGGGGAAUGGAGCAGGCUAAAUCCGAAUGGUAUAAUUUGCAAAAGCGCGGAGUUUGCCCUAGUGGAGCCGAUCAAGAAACUCCAGGUAUGGACUGGUUUGGAUGA